AUGGCCAGCAAAUGCUUUGUGUCUGGAUGCUCAAGUAAGCCAUAUGGCAAGUGCGAUUGCAGCGAGAAUUAUACCAUAUUUUGCCAACUCCAUGCCGCUCAGCAUAUGCAAACUUUAGUUGGAGAUAAAAGACAUCAAUGCUUAAGAUUAUAUUAUACGCCUGCUGCUGAAACUAAAAUAUUGAUUCAGAAAAAAAUUGCUGAACUAAGGCAAGGCCUACAGAAAUAUAGGAAAAACGUUAUUUCAGACGCAAAAGAAAUUAUUGGAGCUGUGAAAAAUAACUUAGAAAAGGCGCUACAAAGUUUGGACAAAUUAGAAGAAAAAUUUUUAAGAAUUGUUUUAAUGACUGAAUUUAAUGAAAUCCUUGAUUUGAGCAAAGAAAAUGACCCUGAAAGCGUUUUGAAAAUGGAGCCUUUUGCUGCUGAUAUUGAAACUAAAGAUUGAUAUUUCCCAGAUUUUAUAUCGAAAACAGAGUCUCUAGUUUCGAAUAUUAGUACCUAUUUUAAUAACAAUAUAGAUCCUUUUCCUGAUAUUAGAUUAUGUUAUAUUUCAAAGAUCUUUUAAGUCCUUACUUCGUUAGCUGCUCGUUCUGCAGUGGUGUUUUGGAGAGAUAGAUGCACUUAUCCUUUUGCCAGGAUUUUCAAUUUUAGUUGCUUGCCAUUUAAGUGGAUAGCCAGAACUCCAAGUUGUGAACAAGAAAUUUGUGUCAUGCUGCAUUAAAGGUAUGCAAACGCUAUAUUUUUUAAAGGAUCAUCCAAUAAAGAGUUAUCGGAAAUAAAUUUAAAAACAUUUCAAGAAACUAAAUUCAACCUUGACCUUAUGGAAAAUAUUCACUUUCAAAUUUCAAGCUGCAUCUUACCAGAUAAAAGUGUUUUUUAUUACUCAAACCCUAAUUCAUUAACAUCUACAUACACAUUUAUCAUAGAUAAAAAUAAGAAUAUCAAACAAGUUGCAAAUUCAAAGCGGAGUCCUUAUUUAUACCCAAUUUAUUUUGAUGGAUUUGUGUAUGCAUUAGGAGGACGAAAUAAUUUGGCACAAAGAUUUUGCCUUAAAUCUAACACAUGAGAAGACUGUGCUCCUCUUCCAGCUGGUCUCAAUUUUGAUCAAACUGCAGCAGUUUUGUUUAACCAAGAAAUACUACUGACAGGAAAUUAUCUUACUAAGAUGAUAAAAUACAGCCCUAAAAACAACAAUUAUAGUGAUAUUAUCGGAUUAAAUUUAACUUCAGGUAGCAGAAAAACGCUGUUUAAGGGAGGCAAAAAAGCGCUUAUUCUACAAACAAGUGGAAAUAUAUUUGAAAGUGAGGAGAACAAUAUCAAUAAAUGAAACUUGAUAGGUAGUAAUAAUAUUCCAUCAGGCGCUUAUUCUUCAACUUAUGUAAUAGAAUAUAAUGGAUGCAUAUAUAUGAUCCUCCUGCAAAAUCAGCUCUGGGAAUUUAAUCUUUCAACAAAGCAAUUAAGACCAGUUAACACUUAUAAUUAA